AUGAGGUUCACGAUCCUUAGCAUCGCCAUGGUGACCCUAUCCGGCACCAUGACCCUCACCAGCGGCGCUCCAAUCGAUCCUUCGUCUAAGACGAUCCCCGAGCCGGGCGUGCUCUUUACGCCUGCUCCCAAGACCAAGCUCCUAGCGGCCAGGGAAAAUCGCAACGAUUGCGCCAAGCCCAUUUUUAUGGACCAGACGUCUGCCGCCUCGCCGAAGGUCAACGACUGCUGGCGCAUAAUCUACAAGAUCCACGGCGGCGGCACUUGGACCGUGUGGGGAGAUCACCGCACGCUCGCCACGUACGGCACGCGCGCUUUUGGCGCGGAGGUGGUAGAUGGAAUAUCCAUGGGUGUCAAGGUCGGGAACGAAGACGUUCGCGAUCUAGUGCCGGAUUCGAUCAAGCGUUUCGGAAAGACUGGCGUGGUGGGCGCUAUGGUGUGA